GUUUACAGAAUCAUUCUACGAGCACUUGAAGUACAAACAAUGCAAUUAUUUGAUGAAAUAAAGUCUUUUUUAAAUAAAAAUAUUCCAUUUGCUUCAUUAAAAUUCGGCUCUGACUCUAAAAUUACUCGUAAAUUCGCUGUCAUCCAUGAAAACGAUGUAUUCCCCAUAGGGUUAUGGACUUUUGUAGACAAAGACAGUUUAGACUUAAAUGCUUUGCAAGCUAUUCCAUUUGUCCGCAAUGAGAGCUUUCGAGAAAAUCAAGAGGAUAAAUGGAUGUACUUUAAAGAAGAAAAGAUCAGAUAUCAUGAAUUAUCAGAAGCCAUUAAUAUGUCAACUACUGAUGGUGAUAUAAAUACAAAUGGAUAUUGGGAGGAAAAGACCAAGUCUUGGAAGGUAUUGGAUAUUAAGAAUAGGUACACAAAGUCAGAGAAUGUAUAUUCUGCAGAAUUAGAACAACCGACAGGUCUGCAUCCUAAAUUACUGGUGAACUUGACAAAUCUGAAGCCGCCGAACAAGCAUUGUACUUUACGAGGCGUUCUCCGCUUGCCUUCUACAUUAUUUGUUGAUCAGUAUGAAUUGUCUUCUAUGUCUGAAAUGAGUGCCGGAAAUUUGGAUCAAAUCCUUAAGAUUUAUGGUGAAACAGACUUAGAGGCGCCAACGUAUACUCUUCCUGGAACAGGAAGUAUUUUAUGGUUUCAAGUGUUUUUGAAUGAAACGGCCCGUCAUGAGUAUAAUCUCCAGUUGGAACUUCCUUUACACACACGAUAUCAAUUACCCACAAAACGAGAUGCUUAUGCAAAAACAAUCUUCUAUUCACCAAGUGUUUAUUGGGAUUGUUCGAAGAAAAAGAUACCUAUAGAAGAAGAGCCACUUUCUCAUUUACUGUUCAAUCGCUAUGUAUAUCCUUUGAAAUCAAUUGGACCUUCCAAUCUAACUAUAACAAUUCCAACCGCCAACGUUGAACAUGAGCAAGCGGUCCGAUGGAUAACCAACACAGUGAUUCUUGGAAUGUUUUUCUACGUUGUAUCAUUUCUAAUACGAAAACUUAAGAGAGGUUUAAAACAACUGCUAUAAUUGCUUUAAGAAUAUGUGUAUAUCAUAUCGUCUUCGUUACUACUUUUAUUAAACAGAAAUCAUAAUGUUUUUAAAAUUUAUAAAUAAUAUAUAUGAUAAACUAUUUGAGAAGCUAAAUAUUAAGUAGGGGUAGAGAUAUGCAAUAAAAUUAUUAC